AUAAAAUAUCGUAAAAAGGAACGUAUGCUACUGAAUUUCAUUAAAAUCGUAUAAAUCUUUUCGUAAAGAAAUCUACAUGACUUGUAAAAAUUCAAUGUUUCAUUAUUGAUUCCACCAUUUAUAAUACGUAGACAGUGAAUAAUAAUUCAGUGUGUUUGUUACUUCAAUGGUUACGGUAAUGUUGCGAUUAUCACAGGUCGUAAUUUAGUGAAAUUCCAUAUUUUAUUGAAAAUAUUCCAAGAUGAUUCAAGACGAGGAGUAUGAUGAACAGGCGCUGUCUCCAGAGCGUAUUAAAGCUCUGGGGUUCAAGCCUCAGAAAGAACUUCUGGUCAAUCACCUACUACCAUAUGCUUCUGCAUUGGAUGAAGAGUCCACAAAAUUCCUCGAACAAGUGAAGGUAAAUCUAGCCAAGUCAGUGAUGUUGCGCGAAAUGAAACCUUCAUGCGGAGUUUGGUCUUCGAGGCUCAUGAAGUACCUAAGGCUGUACGGAUUGAAAAUGUCAAAAGAGGAUCACAUUGCUCUGAUAAAAUUAGCAUUUGAACUUGUCCUCAUUCCAGACCUUGAACCUUGCAAAGUUCACAAGUUUGCUACUAUGUUUCUGAUGCUCACAAAGAAGCGGUAUUUAAUUUCACCAGAAGAGCUAACACUCCCGUGGCGCCCUCUGUACGAGAUGGGAAAGAAAAUAUUUGACAAAAGUGAAACAGCUAUAGGAAUGUAUCAUUAUUUGGGGCAACAUUCUAUGAAACAAGGUGUAGAUAUGCUCGACGUGAUUCGCAAAUUCCUGUCCGGUUAUGGGCUUGAUGACGCCCUUGAUCUGUUUGGACUUGCGACACAACACGAAUCUGAAUUUCCAACGUCUCUAGAAGGAACCUACUUGUCUAUGAUCAGUUGCGCCAAACCAUAUUUCCAUUUGAAUGCUACAAAGGAGGUUCUUGAAGAGUUUCUACCUCAAUUAUCACCAUGGUCGUCAGAUUCACAUCCAGUAUCCCAGCUGUCAUUGUUCCUACCAGUGGGCCUGCCUCCAAGUAAAGCUGACUACGGACAUAAACUAUGGUUUGAUAAACUUAUUGAACUGUGGGAAACCUGCUUUAGUCCACAAUUUGGCAUUAGUGAAUUGAUAGCGUUAUUUGCUGAUUUGUCGAAAAGAAACCCGGGCGCUGUUGAUUGGACGCCUCAUGUACCCAAAAUGUUCAUGUUCAUACUUCAUUCGCUCAAUUUACCAGUCAGUUACAAAGAUAUGCAGUGCAGCAGGAAUUAUAACUUAGACAUCAAACAAGCUGCUAUAUGGAUAGUUUGGAACAUUAGGCCUGACGGCGUGGUGCUGAAACACCUCAAGAGUUUCUUGGGAGGCAUCGAGAGCUAUCUGCACAGCGCCAACUCCGGCCGCUGGUCCUUCAAGCUCAGAGAUCUGCUCAGGAAGUUAGCUCGCGAAUUCUUAAACAGAGUACGCAAAGAACGCAUAAAGAAGUACCUCGAGAGCUGGGAGAAUAAAACUCCACCAGAGUUAAAGCUAAGAGAGGAGGACAUCACUGAAUUUGUAAAAAUAAUGCUGGAGCCGACGCUUCAGGCCGUGUACAGCCGCAGCGGCUCCCUCGACGUGUCCAUCGCGCUGCAGAACCUGGCCAGUAUGCGGCCCGCCAUCGUCAUCCCGCCCCUGCUGGACAGGCUGAGGACCUCCCUCACCUCGCUGACGGAGCCGCACAGGGUGACCGCCGCCAUGUCCGCCGUGGCUGCCGUCGCUCGUCCCAUGCUGCGCGGCGGUGACGUCGACUACCCGGAGGGACCCACGCAUGCGGUCCCCUUCCUCCUCGCCGUCCUGCCCGGAUUGGACCCCAACGAUAUAAAGAAGACGCUGGUCACCUUGCACUUCAUUUUGAUCUUCAGCAGCAUGAUACCUUACAUAGACUGCAGCUCCGCCCACGAGUACUGGUCGGACCUCACCGAGGAGGAGCUGCUCGUUUGCGAGUCGACCGCCCAGCUGGAGGACUUCGUUCUCGUCUUCCUCGACCGCCUGUUCAUCAUCAUCGAGUCGAGCGCGAUGGAGCACGUCCGCCUCGACACCAAGGACUCGGAAGGCAUGAGAAGCAAGACCGACGCGGUCACUGAGACGGCCAUAUCGUCCGCCGCCACCAGCGUCCUGAUGCAGUGCUCCCCGAAGAUAUUUAAGGAGGCGCUGAGGAAGUUUAAAUCGUUCGCGACUGACUCGACUUUCGAGACGAACGUGUCGGGCAGCAUGGUGGGCGUGUUACUGAGAGUGUUCGCACGUAUCGACGCCGAAUCGACGCUGGCCGCCUUCCUGCCGCCGCUGUGCGCCGAACUUAAUGAGAUCCUGGCGACGGACGAGGCGCUGCACGAAGAGAACCCGCCGCGCGACCUCGUCUACCGGCUCGUGCUGCUGAUGAACCUCGUACAAUGCGACGGCACCGUGCUGCUCAAGUACAUGUCCGAUCUUAUUCCGGUCUUGGACAGGAUCCUGAAGAUUCACGCGAAAUACGCUCUGACUCGCGCCUGUGAGGUUCUGGGAGGUAUUUUCUACUCGCUGUCGCAUUUCGAUUUGAAGGAGACGAGGAGUUCGCCGAAGGACUACAGCGAGGCGCCGCAGAAAUGGCUGCCGGUACGGGAGUGGGGGAGAGGUUGCCUGAUGAGCGAGGCGAAGCUGCAGUGGCACGUGCCGAGUGCGGAGGAGGCGGCGUGCGCGCAGAUGCUGGUGGACCGCUACCUGAUGCACGAGGUGCGCCGCCUGCGCCAGUGGCUCGCAGACGAGCGCCCCAUGUGCCGCGACCGCAAGCUAAGGAGCUUCUACAUCAUUUACUCCACGCUCUCCGCGAGCUCAUUCCUGCCUCCCAACGACGAGGAGCCGGUUAUUCUUACGGAUUCACAAGUGCCGCCUACAAGUCUACCGUUUACAAACGGCGUGCCGCACUCUAUAACGGUGGAGGGGCAGAACAUGCGCGCCGCCAUGGCCGCCCUGCUGCUGGACGUGCAGGCCAAGAUGCUCGCUGCAGACACCGACGAGACCAGGGGACUCGAAAUGCUCACACAGUUAUGGGAGCGCGUGGUGGUGGUGAAGCCGGGGCGGUACGCGCUGGGUCUGGAGGCGCGGCUGAGGUCGCACAGCGCGAUGGAGCGCGCGCUGGACGGGCGCGGGCUGGCGGGGCCGGUGUGGUCGCGCGCGCGGCUGCGCUCGCUGCUGGCGGACACCGCGCGCAUACAGGACGAGGCGCGCUUCGACCUCAUCUGCGAGGCCGGCAUCACGCCCUCCGCAUUGAAAGCUCUGCACGCCUUGUAUGAUCUAUCCAUCAAUACUUACACAUCGGUGCGCGUACUAUCACAAAUCCGUCUGUACUGGAUGCUGAGCCACUACCCGUACUCGUACCGCGCGCUGCUGCCGCGGCUGGUGCAGCUGCUGGCGGAGGGCGGGGAGGGAGACGAGUGGCACGCGCGGCACAAGGGCGCCCUCUUCAUCAUGCUGGGCCCUCGCGCUGGACCACUCAUCGCCAAACAGGACUGGCAUGUCGUACGGGAACUCUCCCUCGCGGUACUGAAGGCACCACUCAGUGAGAAACCGAGCAUCAUGAAAUUGGAGCAAGCAUUUGGUGAAACAUUACACAGAAACUUUCCAACAGUAAACACUCGCUUGAAGAUAUCGCAAGGAGCUUGCGAAGCGGCAAAGUACUUCCUAAAUGAGAAUCAAAUGAGCGAAACCGAGUUUAAAAAGAUGCUGGAAGUAGCCGAGACGAGAGAGGAUCAGGUUUCGGAUGACACUGAGAAGUUGUAUAGAGAUUUUAUGGACGAAUUAAUUGAUAUAGCCUCAUCGCCUAAUUUGCCGUGGCGUCGUUUGGAGCUGAUAAUGCAGAUACUAACAUCAUGCUCAUCUCUACAAACUGCGUACCCGCCGCGCGCGGUACACUUCAUGGUACAAGCGUUGGUACACGACGACAUUACGGUACGCCGGUCUGCACAACGCCUUGUUGCCUUCUGUCUCAGACAACGAAAGAAGAAGGUCGUCAAGAUGACUGUAGAUCCGUACCAAGUCGCAGGCGUACCCAAACCAAAAGUACACGUACCAGGUUACAGAAAAGAUCUGGAGUGGGUGAUGUGGGAUAAAGACUACGUGCCGCAGACCGACGAGGAGUGGGACAGACCCUGGCUUAAGAAAUCUCACUACGGAUUCUACUGUUGGCCGGAAAGGCUCGAGGUGGCAGCACCAUCGCAUCAGCAGUUCUUCUUCACAGAACAGAAGGUAGAAGACAUGGAGGAUGGAGAGCGACAUAUAUUUGAAUUCUUCUAUGACGAGGCAAACGUGGACCGUCUCGUCGCUUUCCUUACUGUGGAAGAGAAAAAGGGAAAAGACAAAUUCAACGGCGUCCGCUUUGUUCUAUUUAAAUUAUUAUUCUCUCACUUCGGCGAGAGGAUAGCGUCAAAGUUUUUCGAGCACGCGCUGCGGUGCGCUAGUGACCCGCAGGAGGCGCCGCAGCGGCUGGCGGCCGAGGUGGCAGCGGCCGCCAUGUCCGCGCCGCGCUAUUGGCCCCUGCAACGCGCGCGUCUCAUGCACAACACUGCGCUAGAUAUUAUCAAAGCCGGUCUGACCGCGGUGACUGCGGAGACAAUUGAGGAUUGGGGCACGUGCCUGGCGACUGGCGUGGACAAGCUGGACCCGCGGCGCAGCGGGCACGUGCUCUCCGCACUGCUCGACUUCUGCGCACCACAGAGCACUGACGGCACAGCUGACGACCAGCAGGCCUCAUUCGUGCUCUGUGCACGACUUAUAGCGCUGCAGGGUGCAUUAGGCACACUGACAUGGCGUGCGGCACCACUCGCAGCUGAGCUCCUCAAGAGACUGGAGUCCACCAACUUCAUACAACAUCCCUACCAGAACGUGCGGGAAACUGUUGGCAGUGCAUUAAUGACGAUAUUUGAUACGGAGCUGGUGUUCCCUGGCGGGGAUAGCGGGCCGGCGCCACGGCUGGAGCACUUCCUGCGCUCUGUACGGCCGCGUCUUGCCGCACUUUACGAUGAGCACGGGGACAUAGUGGUAAAAAGCGUGGCGACGAUCACGAUGCCGUGCAGUGUGCAGGGUGGCAGUAUGGAGACGCUGCCGGCGCGCGCUGCCGUGCGAGCUGGGCGUGCGCACGCGCUGCUGCCCGCAACGCACGCACCGCAUGACGUCGCCGCACAGGCGAGUACGAGCGCAAGCGGCGAGGGCGAAGGCGAGGCGGAGGUGGAAGACGAAGCGGAGGGCGAGGCGGAAGGUGAGGGCAGUGAAGUGCUGGAGUUGCAGCUAGAGGAGCAACUGAAUACCUCACUUCGCCUGGCGGGAGACGCCGCGCCCCCACCUGCCGCCGCCACUACUGCUACGCCAGCGGACCACGCAAACGCGGUCAACCUGCUCACUACAGUGCUCCGCGGCUGUAUGGGGCUGGUGGUGCGAGGCUCGAGCAACCACGUGGACGCACAAUAUUGCAUAGUGGGCAUAGCGUGCGCGGCGGCGACUCGCGGCCCCCUGCAGCCUCAUGAGGAGCUGGGCCGCGCUGCGGGCGGGUUGCUGGCCGGCCUCGCCUGCGCCCCGCACGCGCCCGACACCUGCUGCGAGGCGCUGCGCACUCUGCGCUCGCUGGCCGUCGCGCGCUCCUGGUGGGCUCGGCUCGCGUGCGUCGAGCUAGCUCAGCCGCUGCUCUUCUACGCUCUGCCCGUGCUCUGCGCGAACGAGGACUACGCCAAGGAGGCGGAACAGUUCGCCUUGACGCUCAUGAAGGACAGAAGACUCGAGGUAAGGCAAACGGCUGCCAAGCUGCUGACCGGUCUGAUGCACUGCAAGGCGCUGCCCGACGAGGAGCGCACGCUGCAGCUGCUGGCACGCAGCUGCCGGUCGAAGGAGCUGGUGGAGAAGCACCGUGGAGUACUGGGCCUGUGCGCGUACCUCGCCUCGCGCCCUUACAGCCUGGGCCCGCGCCUCGGUCUAGUGCUGGCAGAGCUGGCACGGCACACCGGAGCACCCGACCCCAUUCCCGCCACAAUACGCACCUCACUUGCAGACUUCAGGAGGACGCACCAGGACGACUGGCAAAAGCAUCGCGACCAGCUCACUGAAGAGGAACUAGACUUACUCUCCGACCUCACCUCACCACCAUCGUAUUUUGCGUAAAAUAAGACAUAUAUUUGACAUAGAUUUAUCGUAUGUAGGUGGAAAUUAGCAUCAUUGUAAAACGCCACUUGUACCUUUAACAUAGCUUUCUAAUUGUAUUCUGACAUAUGUAUCUUAGGACAAAUCUUUUGUUCCUUCUUGAUUUCUUGUAUUUACGGUAGCGGGUUUAGGAUAGCAGUAUCCAUAAGCGUUAUCGUAAACGGUUAUUUCGUUACAAAAUCAAGCUAGCGUUAUUGUGACCGAUUACGGGUAACCUAGCGGAAAAGCGUUACAUUAAUCGAUGUUUUUGUUGUAUGCAAGAUUUAUAGGGGAAUUUUAUUAUUAGGUAGCCAUAAAUAUUUGUACAUUAUAUUGUAAUAUGUGUACUAAAAGGGACUGGAGUAAGGGAGGGGUCAUUAGGAAGGGAAAAGGUAGCCUAUAUUAAUCUGAAUAACUUCAUUCUAAAUAAAAUUAGUACGCGAAAUUUCAUAAACUUUUGACAUAAAAUGUGCUUUCAUUUCUUUUAUCGCACAAACAUGAUAAAAACCAAAUGCUUAAUAUUUUUUGGUUGUUAUUGUUGUUUAUAAUUAGUGAUAAAUAAUUUUUAAUUGACUUGUUUGAUAUAGCUGUGGCUAGGUAUUAAAAUACAUUGGGAAUGUGCAUCGCACAUGUAUGUAUAAUAAUUUUGUAUCCAUUUAACAGAAGAUAGAUAAUGUAUAUAAAAUUAUUUGUUUAAUAAAUUGUUUGAAAUUAUUGAUACUUCUCAUUUUAUGAAACAUUCAACUAAUAUUUAAGGAAAAAAACUUAAUGUCUUUUAAUACCUAUAUUGAUAAAAAAAAAUUAUAAACUCAAAUAUCAAUUGAUAUGUUUGUUGGUAAUUGAGUUAUUCAGAAACAAAACUAACAUCAAUAAUCUGAAUUUUAUCCAUUUAAUAUGCUAAAUAAUGCGAUUUGUGAAAUCUUAGUCUUAAAACAUUUCUUGAUGAUUACACAAUAAAUGGUUACGGGUUUCAUGUGCUGUGAAACAAUUUACUUUCAAUCAUAUAAAAUUGCAAAGAAAAAAAUAGUUAUUUUGUAUAUUUCUUUAGAAGUUAUAUUUUGUUAAAGUUUAUAAAGAUCUGUUUUGAAGAAAAUGAGUAUUGUAUAAAAUAUGUAAAGCUUAUAAAUCGGUUUUGUAAGAAAUGUGCUAUUAAAAAAAUUUCAUUCACAUAUGUGACUUUUUUAUUUAUAAGUUACUAAGUUUCUUCAAUAUUUUAAACUAAUACAAGUCCAUUGAGCAACUUAACUUAACUUGCUCCUCAGUGGUAGGUUCAGUAAGAAAUUCUUGUUCAAGCUUCAGAUGCCCUGCAGAUUAGUGCACAGUU